AUGACGGAUUGGAUGUCCCCACAAGUCGUGGCCCAGAAUGCGGCUGCUUUCACCCAGUUUAUGCAUGCACUCUUCGGAGUCUACAUGUGGGAGUGGUUCUUGUCACUGGACUUCGAUUGGCAGUAUCUGUCUGGGAAGCGGAAGUUCCGAUGGCCUUUGAUCUUCUACUUUGCAGACCGAUACCUCCUCUUCUUUGCGCUGAUUGGGAUUCUCAUUGCCCUCGACACCACAACUCCCAUAGAUUGCCAGGCGCUUUACACGUUUAACCAACUGGCAGGCGAUGCCGCCGUCGGACUUGCAUCGAUCAACUUGUCCAUUCGAACAAUUGCGGUUUGGUCGCGGGCGAAGUGGGUCAUAUGCCUCUUGGUGGUGAUAAUACUUGGUCACUGGGCUCUGAUUUUGCAAGGUGUUCUUCUCGACGCCGAAUGGUCAGACGAGGCGAAAACUUGCAUCAUAACUUCAACGGACAACACUAUCCUCGCGGCUACGUUCAUAUACUCCAUGGCAUUCGACUUGAUCGUCAUGUUGCUGACUGCUUACAAGCUGGGUGGCAUGAGCAGAAGGGUCAACAGCGAAAACCACCACGUCAAGACAUCGAUGUCUACCGCGAGUCGACUCGGCAAAAUGAUCUUCGCCGAUGGUCUUAUUUUCUUCUUCAUCGCCUUCAUCGCCAACACCCUUGCCAGCGUCUUUAUGAUCCUGAACCUGAAUCCAAUCAUGAGCGUCAUAUUCAACGUUCCAGCAGCCGUAGCUUCCACGAUUGUCUCAUGCCGCGCUGUUCGCCGUCUCACGAACUUCAACAACCCCGGCGCUGAGAUUUAUGGCGCCUCGACAGGACAGACAGGGUCCAACGUUGCUUUUCGCAGUGGUCCUGGGGGGCCUCAGGUCACUGUGCCACGGAACCAAACUAAAUCAGGUGUUCAUGUCCAGAUGGAGACUUUCACUCGCGCUGAGGAGGGUAACAAAGACAACUUUGACGACGACGCGAAGAGGCAGACGGUCAUAUUCAUGCCUGACGGGCUGACAGGCGAUAAACGGUCCUACACGGACGUAGAAGCCAAAGGGAGGCUAUGA